UAACCCUUUGGUUUGUGUCUAUGACGGGCACAUAACCUAACAAAUUUUAUUUGUUUAUCAAUUUGAGUAAAGUAAAUUUCACAUGCAAUGGAAUCGUUGUUUCUACUAUGUUGAAAUAUUAACGAUUGCAAAGCUUGUUUUAUUUUAUCCGGUUCAAACUUAAGUGCAUACGAAGUUCACAAUGGAAAAAAAAUUCGAACAAGGUGAAAGGAUUUUGAUAGUGUUGAAUAGUGGAGAAAAUUUCGAAGGAGAUUACGUGAAAGGCUCUGACACCAGAAUCGAAAUAGAAAAUUUUUUGCACUAUGAGUCAGGCAAUAAGUUUGAUUCCAAAUGGACUUUUUACAAAGGUGAAAUCAGCUCUGUUUUGCGAAUAGGCAAAAAAAAACCAGAUACAGUUGAAACUCCAGUUGAUAAUUCUGAUAAUAAAAUUCUGAUACCAAGAGAAGAGUAUGAAAGACUGAUAAAGAUGACAGAUGAUUAUAUUGUUAUAAAAACCGAUGAUAAGACAUACUUUGAUAGUGUAGAAAAAUUGGCAAAUUAUGAAUCUCUUGGAGUAAUUGCCAGUAACUGCGAAAGAGGACGCAAUGGAAGAAUUAAAAUGUUAGCUUUGAGUACAUGGAAACAAAUUUAUAUAUUUGAUUUUCACAAUUUCCGAAGCAAACAGUUUCCAAAAGAGUUAGCCGACAUAUUACAGUCUCAUUAUAUCCAAAAAGUUGUUUUCAACGGGGGACCCUUCAUAGAUUGUAUGCUGCAUGCUUAUAAGAUACCUGUGAACCAUGUUUUCGAUGUUCAGAUUUCCCACCUUCUCCUUGUGAAAAACUCAACUGGAAAAUGCGAAGAAGAAUUGCCCACUAUUGGUCAGUGCCUAACGAAAUAUUUCAAUUUUUCCUCAUCUUUCAUGACAUCUUGUAUGGAAAUUUUGAAUGACUCGUGGGAAGUGAGGCCUGUGGAUGUGGAUAAACUUAAGAAAAUAUCGAGACUUGUAACAUACCUGAUAAUUCUGAAGGAUCACCAGAUGGCGCUUAUGCUGAAAGAUUAUAACAAGGCUGUGCAGGGUUAUCAUGAUUUAUUCACUAAAUCCACCAAUUAUCACCUGAUGGAAAUGACUUCCAAUCGAAAGUGUACAAAACAAAUAGAUACUUUGAUUCCCAAUUCUUUAUUGGAAUUUAAUUCUUUAAAGAGUAUAAAGUAUCAGUAAAGAUAUAGUAGAAUUUAUUGAUGUUUAUAUGAAACUAGAUUAUUUUAUAUUGCAUCCUAAGAACAAACUCACUAAUUUUUCAUUUGUUGAUUUUACAUAUGAUUCAUUCAAGAAUGAUUGACAUCUCAGGUGGCUAUGGAAAAUCGAAUUUAAGUUGGUAAUAGCCUUAAAUCAAGAUUUUGUGUUGCAGAAUUCAGGUUGGUAUUAAGAAUAAACAGUGAUGUAUCCACAGAACACUAUAUAUUUGUUAUAUAUGAAUCUAUGCACUAACUGAAGAUAAUUUGAAUUUUGUACUGCUGUUUAUGUCCUUGAUUUAGUCGAACAAAUUGGAAAUAUAAUUGUAUCAAUUUUUAAUGCUCAUCAAUAUGAUCUGAAUUCGAAUACUUCUCUUCAGUCUUCCAAAGAUAUUACAGUGUGUAAUAUCUUUGCAGUCUUCAAAUAUUUUUCUAGGUUAUAUUAGUAUAUUCCAUUUCUGUGAUUGAAACCACAGAACACUUAUAAUAUAAAAUGAUAUUGAAACUGCAGAAAUCAUUAAAGAUCUUUUGUAACCAGAUUAUAAACUGUCUCGACUUUCUAGGCCUACUGGGAUGUCAGUCAUUCUUGAAUGGACUAUAUGUUUCUAUACAAGUUUUAUUGAAUCUAUAUGGCAAAAAGGCUGAUAUUGUUAUAAAAAAACAAUUUGAAAAUUG